UUUGAGGGCACUAGCCAUGCUGUUACUGAUGGACCCAAUGUUUACUAUAACGCAUUUGAUGGAAAUUUUGACACUUUGGUUGCAUCACUUAACAAAAUUGGAUAUGGUCAAAUGCCUAUAGUUAUUGGGGAGGUAGGUUGGCCAACAGAUGGAGCUUCCAGUGCAAGUCUCACUGCUGCAAGGACCUUCAACCAAGGCCUUAUCAAUCAUGUCCUAAGUAACAAAGGAACCCCUCUUAGGCCAGGUGCCCCUCCCAUGGAUAUUUAUCUUUUUAGUUUACUUGAUGAAGGCGCCAAGAGUGUACUCCCGGGAAACUUUGAGAGACAUUGGGGUAUUUUCUCCUUUGAUGGCCAGGCUAAGUAUCCACUGAACCUGUGUUUGGGCAAUAAAAUAUUGAAGAAUGCAAGAAAUGUCCAGUACCUACCUUCUAGGUGGUGUGUGGCAAACCCCUCUCAUGAUCUAUCUGAUGUGGCAAACCACAUGAAACUUGCUUGUAGUGUAGCUGACUGCACCACACUCGACUAUGGCGGAUCAUGUAAUGGAAUUGGGGCUAAGGGGAAUAUAUCAUAUGCAUUUAACAGUUACUAUCAGCUACAAAUGCAGAAUGAACGAAGCUGUGAUUUUGAUGGUCUUGGUAUGAUCACUUUCCUGGACCCUUCAGUAGGUGAAUGUCGGUUUCUUGUUGGUGUAACUGAUUCUAGUUCAUCAGGAUUUGCACUGUAUGAGAGGUGGAUCCUUGUUAAUGUUUUAAUAGUGUGGUUCUUUAUGGUUUGAGUCCAAGGUUGAGAUACAGCUGCAAGAAUACGAUAGUUUAGAAAUAUUCCUAAUUAUUAUUCAAGGUUAGUCUAGCCAUUAUGUGAUUGUUUACCGGGUAUACUUUUAUGUAGGAAAUUAUCUGAUGUUAAAAUUUUAUUUUCAUCAUCACUCCUCUUUAUAUUUUAAGUGGAUUUUAUGUAUAUGAGCAUGGCCACUAAAUCUGAAAGGUUCAGAUUAUA